UUGGGGGCGUCCUGAGAACUUGAACGCGGAGCUUUGCUGGUGGUCUUCCUCAUCCUUCCCGGCCAAGGCCCCGAGGCACCUUUCAGUAUGACCUUGAACCAGACGCCUACGGACUAUACAGUUUUUUGUUGUUGUUUGUACUUGGUGGAAAAUUAACAUGUUCUCAGAGGAAAGCCUUGUUGGAAGCAGGUCGGCCUUGGAGGCCCUUUGGUCGAGUCGGUCUGGGACAAAAGUGGCUCCAAAUCCAGCACAGGCAUAUUGAAGCAAGUUAAAGGAUUUAAUAUGAAGUACAGAACCAGAUAGUGCCGAAUAGCAAGCAGUCAUUGGUACACAUUUAGUGAGUGGGGCGGCGUUUCCUUCUCCCAGCGCUGCUGAGAUGGCGGAAAUUAGUCGAAUCCAGUAUGAAAUGGAAUACACCGAAGGUAUUAGUCAGCAGAUGAGGGUCCCGGAAAAAUUAAAGGUAGCGCCACCCAAUGCUGACCUAGAGCAAGGGUUCCAAGAAGGGGUCCCGAGCGCCAGCGUCAUCAUGCAGGUUCCAGAGAGGAUCGUUGUAGCAGGAAAUAACGAAGACAUUCCAUUUUCAAGACCAGCAGAUCUUGACCUUAUACAGUCAACUCCCUUUAAACCUCUGGCACUAAAAACGCCGCCUCGUGUACUUACACUAAGUGAAAGACCACUAGAUUUUCUGGACUUAGAAAGACCUCCUCCAACCCCUCAAAAUGAGGAAAUCCGUGCAGCUGGCAGGCUGAAAAGAGAGCGCUCUAUGAGCGAGAACGCCGUUCGCCCAAACGGACAGCUGGUCCGAGCCGACUCCAUUGUGACACCGACGCCCCAGCAGGUCCGGGCCUGUCUUCCCCAAACGUUACCUGAAGAUGGAGCUAAUCUUUCCUCUGCUCGAGGCAUUUUGUCGCUUAUCCAGUCUUCCACUCGUAGGGCUUACCAGCAGAUCUUGGAUGUGCUGGAUGAAAAUCGCAGUGUGAGAAGACAAAAUGAAAUACGUUGUGAAAGACCUGUGUUGCGUGGUGGGUCCGCCGCCGCCACUUCUAAUCCUCAUCAUGACAACGUCAGGCAUGGCCUGUCACAUAUAGAUGCAACGAUUGAGGGAACUUCGGACGACAUGACUGUUGUAGAUGCAGCUUCGUUAAGACGACAGAUAAUCAAACUAAAUAGACGGCUACAGCUUCUAGAAGAGGAGAACAAAGAGCGCGCGAAGAGAGAAAUGGUCAUGUAUUCAAUCACCGUAGCAUUCUGGCUGCUUAACAGCUGGCUCUGGUUCCGCCGCUAGAGGUCACCCCAGCUCUCGAAAGUUCAGUCUCCACAGCUGGAAAUAUAAAGAAUUUGCAAACUUCUUUGUUUCUGUCUUUGCAUCGUAUGCCGUUUUAUAGCCCCUGCCCUGACCGUGUAUUUCUUCCAGAAAGGAGGGGGGGCAGGACUGACCCUUGCAGAAGUAAAGGUGCGUUCUCCCCCCUCAGCUGGUUCCGCAUAACACUCGCCCCCCCCCCCCCCAGAUUCUCCCUUUGCAUGUUUUGUAAAUAGGCUCCAGUUUGUUUUGUUUUUUGUUUGUUUGUUUGUUUGUUUUAAGGGAAUUCAGUUUUGCCUCAUCGGUCCGCACAAUGAUUUCUCCGAAUGGGAAAGAGAGUGCAUAGUGAAUGGAUUUAGAAAAGCACCUGUAAAAGAAGACCAGUCCUUUAUUUUGUCCUGGUUUCUCAAACACGAUUAGAUGAAAACAGUUUUGUUAAUAGACGUUUUUGCAUCCACACUUCAGCGUUCACGCUUCGGUAGUCGUGGUCUGGCAUCAGGUUUAAUGAAGUCAAGGCAUCUUCCAGUCACCUUCAUGAAAAGAAUUCCUGGCGUUCCCAGCAGUUUAUCUGAUAUGUGUGUAAACUGUGCGUUCUUAUUUUAGUUUUGCAGAUGGUUUUCUAUAAAGUAUGUUUUUACUAAGCCCCUGUGCGAAUGAUUUAAAAACCACAGAAUAAGGUACAAAUGUAGUGUAUUUAAUAAACUGUCAACUAAAGCAA